AUGUAUACCAAGAGCAUCUACACACUCUCACUACUCUGUGCUGCCUCUGCGCGGCGAAGAUCUCUUCCUAACUCAUACCCUCACGCUUGGCCGGGGCGGCCGGAGGGCGAUUUCAGCCCUGAAUGGCAAAACUACUUUGAAGUGAAGGACCUUCCGCCCGUGAUCCCAACCGGUCUACCGCGCAGCUUUGCGGGCAACAUUCCCGUCGAUCGCGCAGGUCACAAGAACGAUACGCUGUUCUUUUGGGGCUUCGAACGUGAGGGCGGAAACGGAACACUCACUGCGCCGGCGGACGCAAACAACACGGACCCAUGGAUUCUAUGGUUGCAAGGAGGGCCUGGAUCAUCGGGCAUGCUCGGGCUCUCGACGGAGAAUGGCCCAAUCCACGUACUAAGCAAUGGUUCGUGGGAGUUGAACCCGUAUAGUUGGAACACACUUGCCGACACGAUUUGGAUGGACCAACCUGUCGGCACGGGCUUUUCCACUUCAGAUUCGAAGGGAUAUGCUGCGAACGAGGACCAAAUCGCCGAGGAUUUCCUUCAGUUUCUCACGAACCUGGUGAAAGUGUUCCCCAGCCUCGCUACUCGCCCCCUCUACCUAAUGGGCCAGAGCUAUGCUGGACACUUCAUCCCAUACAUCGUCAAGAAUAUGUUCGCACGUCCGUCCAACCCGGUGACGCUGAGCAGUAUCGCCAUCGGCAAUGGUGUUCUGGGAUCCGUAGCUGCAAUCCGAAACCUCCCUGUCGUCAACAUUUUAGAGACGUAUCCAGCCAUCAUCGGAUACGACCAAGAUGUCUUCAACUACUUCCGGGAACAAAACCACCUUUGCGGAUUCGACCUGAACUUGACAUACCCCCAAGUCGGAACAUUUCCCACUCUGAACCUCACUCGUGGCCAGCGGUCUACUGGGAAACCCCCGAAUACUGGGGCGCUCACUCCUACCUCUUUGAAAGAGGCUUUUGCGACUGAACUUGCCGCACGCGAGCACACCUCUGGCAAUAGUGCACCCGCUAGCGAGCGCCUGCAGGGGAGGACAGAUUGGAAACGCGAUUUGUCCGGGCGCGCAAAUGGGACCCUCGACCCCUGGUACGGAUGUGAUCUCUUCGACGAGAUGAGGGACUACGCCCUCAAUUUCACAUACCCGUGGACACAGGGAGCCUUCGACGUUUACGAAAUUCCCGAUGCAACAGCCCCAAGUCCUCUCUUGGACGCCGCACCGUUCCUGAACGACCAGCGCACUCGCGCGGCAUUGCACGCGCCGAUCUCCAAGAACUGGAGCAGCAGUUUCGACUACCCGUUCGGCUCGAUGCCUCCCCACCGUGACAGCGACCCCAGCGUGGAGCCCAUCGCGUUCAUGUCGGAGCUCGCCGCGAACGCGAGCGCGCGCAACAUCCCCCUCGUCUUCUACUCCGGGAACGACGACGCACGCGUACAGCACCGCGGGACGGAAGUCAUCAUCCAGAAUUUCACAUUUGGCGGCAUCCAGGGCUUCACGCGCAAGCCGUCGACGCCGUGGUUCGACGACGACGGCAACGUCGCGGGCAUCGUACACCAGGAGCGUAACCUCACUUACGUCCUAUUCUCCGGCGCAGGCCACUUCGUGCCGCAGUGGAGGCCCGCCCAGGCCCUCGUCUUCCUGCGCGAGUUCGUGCUCGGGACAAACAAGAACGGCACCGUCGAGGGUUCGGCCGUCGUCGGUGGCGAGGACGCGACGCUGGCUGGGGACUACUUGCCUGGGGGCGCGGAGAUCUUCUACGGGUCCAGCACGACUUCGGGGACGUUUAUGUUCCCGAGCGCAACGAUUGCGGCGUGGGACAGCUUCCUCGCGACUGCAACUGCUACCACGGUUGCGAGCCAUAUCGACGUCAGGCUCAUCGACUCCGACGAGUUCUUCACGACCGAUCCGGGGGCAAUGGAGAGCGCUAUGAGAUGA